AGAAUAAAUAACUCAACCGAGUGGUGGGACGACGCUGCUGAUCGUGCCGGCCUCAACUCCCCGACCGGCAUUGAAAUGCCAAUUAGAUUUAGAGACAAAGCCCUCCCUCGACCUUCGCAGUACCAUCUCAAUCUCCCCUCCAGUCCCCAAAUCAACGAAUUCGAGAAGGCUAGAUCCCUCUCCGCCCCCUUCUAGGGUUCUGACCGAUGGCCUCCACCAACUACCAUCGGGCGUCGCUGCGUUCCGAGCGGCAGAUCCCCACGGCCAGGGGCAGCGUCGCGAACGCCUCGGUCCGCACCAAACCCGCCUCGUCCAAGCGUUCUGUCGCUGCCGGGAGCCUCCGAGCGUCCAUUGAUGAUGAGAAUGCUGAUAGUGGAAGAGUGCGGGUGGCUGUUAGACUUCGACCUAAGAAUGCUGAGGAUUUUCCUUUUGAUGCAGACUUCACUGAUUGUGUCGAAUUGCAGCCUGAGCUGAACAGGCUGAAGUUGAGAAAAAAUAAUUGGAGUUCGGAGUCCUAUAAAUUUGAUGAGGUUUUCACGGAAAGUGCUUCUCAAAGGCGUGUUUACGAAGCUGUUGCAAAACCUGUAGUGGAAAGCAUAUUAGAAGGGUAUAAUGGGACAGUGAUGGCUUACGGUCAAACAGGUACUGGAAAAACUUACACAGUUGGUCGACUCGGGAAAGAUGACCCUUCAGAGCGUGGUAUUAUGGUCAGAGCAUUGGAGGACAUCAUUGCCAAUACCAAUUCCAACUUUGAUUCUGUGGCAGUUUCGUACUUGCAGUUGUAUCUAGAAUCAGUACAAGAUCUGCUGGCACCUGAAAAGACCAAUAUUCCAAUUGUUGAGGAUCCAAAAACUGGUGAGGUAUCCUUGCCUGGUGCUUCUUUAGUUGAAAUACGAGAUCUUGACCAUUCUCUGGAGCUGCUGCAAAUUGGUGAAGCCAACCGCUAUGCUGCAAAUACUAAACUAAAUACUGAAUCAUCUCGAAGUCAUGCUAUUCUUGUGGUUCAUGUCCGUAGAUCUUUGAAGAAGAAAGAAGAAAAUGAUGCCUCCUCUCUGGCUAGUGCUUUGAAUGGUGAUUUACCAUCUUUCUCCAUGCCAAUUGUUCAAAAAAGCAAGUUGCUUGUUGUUGAUCUUGCAGGAUCAGAAAGAAUAGACAAAUCUGGCAGUGAAGGUCACAUGCUUGAAGAGGCUAAGUUUAUUAAUCUCUCACUCACAUCUCUUGGAAAAUGUAUUAAUGCAUUAGCUGAGAACGGUCCUCAUAUACCAACAAGAGACUCCAAGCUCACAAGGCUGCUUCGUGAUUCAUUUGGAGGCACUGCAAGGACAUCUCUUAUUAUAACAAUUGGUCCAUCUGCACGACAUUAUUCUGAAACAGCAAGCACAAUCAUGUUUGGACAGAGGGCAAUGAAAAUAGUAAACACGAUCAAGUUAAAGGAGGAAGUUGAUUAUGAGAGUCUAUGUCGGAGGCUUGAGUACCAAAUAGAUUAUCUUACAUCAGAUAUGGACAGACAACAAAAACUUAGAGAUACUGAGAAAGAGCAAAUGGAGAAAAAAUUGAAAGCGUAUGAAGUGUCCUUAACUGAUGCAGAAAAGAAAUUGGUUGUAAAGUCUGAGGAUUUUGAGAAAGAAAAAAUCCAUCUAGAGUUAAAGAUCAAAAGUUUAUUGGAGGAACUAAACACUCAGAAGGGUGAAAACAAUCAUUUGUUUGAAGAAGUUGUUCGUCUUGAAACAUGUUUGAAGCAGAGCAAGCAGCACCAGCUUGAAAAUUCUACAUAUCAGAAGAUACUUGCAGACACUACUCAGAUGUAUGAGAAAAAAAUAACAGAACUGCUUAAACAUCUAGAAGAUAAAAACUCUCAUUAUUCAACCUUAGAAGCCCAGAUGACCGAAAUGCAGCAGCAACUGAAUGAUAACCAGAAAUUACUCCAGAUUAAAGAAAAAGUGAUUGAUGAGCUCCAACAGGAGAUGUCAAAGCUGAACAAAGAGGCUGAAAGUAAAAUUCAGUCCCUAGAAGCACAAAAAAAUGAACUCUUGCUCAGAAAGGAAUCAUUAAAUAAAGAGCUUAAAGCUCUGCAAGAAAAACUGUUAUAUGAAGAAAUGCAAAGACGGACUCUUGAAGAUGACAUUGUCAAAUCGAAAAAUGCUUUGAAUGAUCACAGUACUGAACUUGAGUAUAAAAGGUCGCAUCAGAUGGACAGUUCAAUUAGAUCUGCAUCAGUUUUAGGUGGUGCAUUAAACACACCUAAGCCAAACAAGUCAAGGGAGACGAUAUCUACUCAAAGGGAUACUAUCUCCAAGAUCUUUGAAGAAGUUGGUCUUUCAAAUAUAGUAGGUUUGUUAAAAUCUGAGGACUUGGAUGUGCAAAUCCAUGCAGUGAAGAUGAUUGCUAAUCUUGCUGCUGAAGAUAUGAACCAGGAAAAGAUUGUUGAGGAAGGAGGGUUGGACGCUCUACUUACGCUUUUAGAAUCAUCAGAGAAUACAUCCAUCCAUCGAGUUACUGCCGGUGCUCUAGCUAAUUUGGCAAUGAAUGGGUUGAACCAAGAUCUAAUAAUGAGCAAAGGAGGUGCUCGAUUAUUAGCACAUAUAGCAUCUAGGACGGAUGAUCCUCAAACUCUUCGGAUGGUAGCUGGAGCAAUUGCUAAUUUAUGUGGAAAUGAAAAGUUAAGGAUGAUGUUGAAAGAGGAUGGUGGAAUAAAAGCACUUUUGGGAAUGGUCAGAUCCGGAAAUAAUGACGUGAUAGCACAGAUUGCUAGAGGAAUGGCAAACUUUGCAAAAUGUGAAUCGAGAGGAAUCAAGCAAGGAUACAAAAGGGGGAGGUCUCUUCUUAUUGAAGAUGGUGCACUUAAUUGGAUGAUUUCCAGUUCAACAACAUUUUCAGCUCCGAUAAGGCGCCACAUUGAACUUGCUCUUUGUCAUCUGGCUCAAAAUGUUUCUGCAGAGGAUAAUGCCAGAGAUUUUGUAUCCAAUGGAGGUGUCAAAGAACUAGUUCGUAUAUCACAGGAGUCCUCAAGAGAAGAUAUGCGCAACCUUGCAAGCAAGGCCUUGAAUUCAAAUCCAACCUUUUUGGCAGAGACGAGAGGUGUAUGAAAGAAUUUAAUGUUGUAAAGUGCCAACUCCUUGUGCAACCGAUCCGAUUAUGGGAACAUUGGUUUCCCAUUUGCAACUUAUAUUUGGAGAGUAAUGGGAAAAGUGCCAUUGCAUUUUUGAGCAUAACUAGAUAUUAUAUUGCAUAUUGUGAUUGUUAUAACUUAAGCUAGACUGACUAUCAUUUGUAAAUAAUUGAGCAUUGUACUAACUUACAGCACAAAAGAAUUAGAUUUUGGAGGCAAAUGCAAGCAAAGUCAUGUUGUAACUUGAAGCCAACCAGAUGUAUAAUGAGUACAGUGGAAUCCCAUUUGUCGCCUAUAUUUGGACCAUGAUAGGUGAUAUACAUGUCCAGAGAAAUGAAAACAAAUUGGAGUAUAGAAUUUUGUAAUUCCUGCACCAUCUCAUAGUCUGUAGCACACAAAUUUGCAUAAUUGAGAUUAGACAGAACUUUAUUUUUUUUCCUUUAAUGGUAAGUGGGAGGGAUAAAGCUUAUCAUAUGUAUCUAACAUAAUAUGGACUUGAAUCUCAUUGAAUGUUA